GGAAAAGCCAAGAACCAUGGAGGAUGGAACUGAUAGAACCAAACCCUAGCAGUUGUCUGAAAUUGUGGAUGUUGUCCAGUGCCGAUUAGUUGCCAUGCCUGAAGGCACAGAUUCUUCCAGCAAGGUUGUUCAACUUCUAUAUGCAAAUUCUGGCAUUGGGGUUUUGGCACUUGGAUCAAAUGGUGUUCAGAAGCUGUGGAAAUGGGCACGGAACGAAAGGCUUGUUUUUGGCUAUACCUAUCCGGCUUAUGAGUGUUUUAAAACUUUGGAGAAGAAUAAGCCAGAGAUGGAGCAACUUCUUUUUUGGUGCCAAUACUGGACUAUAGUUGCUAUGCUUACAGUCUUUGAGAGAAUUGGGGAUAGUUUCAUUUCAUGGCUACCUCUGUACAGUGAAGCAAAGUUGGCAAUCUGUAUAUAUCUUUGGCAUCCUAAAACAAAGGGAACAUCAUAUGUUUAUAAUUCUUUCUUCCGGCCUUAUGUGGCUAAACAUGAAGGGGAAAUUGAUCACACCUUAUUGGAGUUGAGAGUUAAGGCUGGGGAUAUUGCAAUUUUGUAUUGGCAAAAGGCUGUGAGUUUUGGCCAAACAAGUUUUUUUGAGAUUCUGCAGUAUGUUUCUUCUCAUUCAGCAUCACGGCCUAAAGCUGAUAAGGUAUCCAUUGACAAGGAAAAGUAAUAUCUGCUCUAGGGAUCAGAAAUCAUUUGUUUAGUGCAUUCUACACUGUAUUCUUCUGAUGGUAAUUGUUAAAAUUGGGAUAAGAAUGUUGAUUACUCAUUCUUUGGCCUUAAGCUAAUUAUGCAGAAACUGUGUAUACUUGAUCCUUAUACAUCAAUUUUUUUUUU